GCUUUAGAUGCAACAUUACUGUUAAUUCCUGUAUAGCUGAUGUAACAUACAACUGACAUUAGGACACUUCUGUGCAUUACAGUGGAAGAUUAUAUUCUACUUUUUUAUUCUUUGGUGAGUUAUGGUGGGGUAGGACUUUAUCAAUUAGACAAUUAUUUUCUACCCAUGUUUUCUCCAAAAAAUCCUAUUAUUUUAUAUGUUACCGGAUUGCGUAUAACUACAGCCUAUUGCUUGAAAUAUCAAGCUUGAUUAAACUUGCGUCUUUAAAAGAAAGCUUGACUGCAUCGCUAGAUAGACUGAAGGUCUUUCUAUCGUCCUUUCCCACCAAUAGAAGAUAAACGUGAACACUGGCUGUUGAAUGUUUGACUUUAGUGGGUGGAACUGCAGCACUGCAAGUACAGCAUUGCUUUGCAUACUGUCUCCAGAUUACACAGAAGACUUCACACCAGGUGUGAAACCUGCGUUAGCUUUUCCACUGAACACCACAGGACACACUGAGACACAUUCAGCUAUUGACUGAAACACUGAACAUUCAGCAGCUUUUGGACUUGGAUUAGAACCUUCGGAUCACAUUUGGAUGAUGGCGUUUUGGCUACAGAUGGGUUUCCUGAUGGCCAGCCUAACGUCUUCAGCGGUGAGAGGGCGAGUAGAAAAAGAGCUGUCUCCAGAGUGCAGAGAAUUCCUCUACAAGAGAACCCCACCGAAAGGCCUGGAGCUCCCCUCCAUCAAGUACAUCUGUCAGUUUCACAACAAGAAGCCGCGCUACGUGACUCUGUACAGCACGGAGGAUCACGUUCCCAUCUACUCCGCCUACACCUUUAAGCACUCGGAUGGGGAGACGUGUGUGGAUGUUCCCUGGAUGUAUGAGCCACAGUUGUCCACUUCUUUUGACACAGACGAGAUGCAGCCCUUUCCACGCGGUUACAUUCACAUGAACUUUGAAGACGCCCAAGCGAUUCUGGACGACUACACCAACGCCAUACACUACGAGCGAGGGACCCUGAACCCGGACGAGCAUCAGAACGAACUCGACGACAAGGCCUCCACUUACACCCUCACCAACGUCGUCCCCGUGGUACCCGACUUCAACAACAGGAUCUGGAAAAAACAGGAGCACAUCGUCCGCAAACGGCUUAACAACUACUGCCGCGGGAAGGCCUACAUAGUGACCGGAAUCACCAAGUCAGGGAAGAUGAUCCGCAGGGAAAACAUGAACCGUAUCGCAGUCCCCAACUACCUGUGGUCGGCUUACUGCUGCAUGAACUAUGACCACAACACGCCUUAUACUGAGCGAUACAAGUUCCCGUCUUUUGCUCACUACGCCCUCAAUGAGGACGAGAACAACGAGAUAGUAGAGACCUCCGUCCCAAAGCUCCAGGAGUUUCUCAAAAAGACGUUUGCGAACCAGUACUUUCAGAUUUUUGAAGGAGACUGCAAUCCUCAGUCAUCCAUGAAAAGUGAUUAAGAAAAAUAUUUUGAAAUGAUUGUAAAUUUGAAUAAAUAAAGCUCCACUGUAUCCAAAUCUCUUAAUAUACUCUGACAGCUUACCAGACUAAAAUAUAAGCAAAUAAACAGAAUUUAAUCAUGAACUACAUCAAUAUGUGUGUUUGUUCUACACACAUAUUAAUUCUUGAUAUAAUAAGUGAAAGUGGUUGCAGAACUUUCAUUUUCUAAUUAAAGUUCCUCAAGAAAAAACAAGGAAAAAAAUGACCAACAAGACAAGUUAGGAGUUAUGUUCAUGGAGUAGAUCAAACCAUUCUGAAUCAUAACUCAAUAAGGUUCCUCAAAUUCUCACUUAAUAAAAACAGCAUAAAAGUGAAGUAUGAGAUCUGUUCUACUUUUACACUUCUACAGCUCAUUAAUCAGCAAAAGGACACCUACCAGAGAAGGAUAAUAAAAAGAAAUAUUUAAGCAUGCAUCAUAAAAGAAGAGCAAACCUCUCUGACCUAUAAAGAAAACUUUACUAAGCAUUUGUCUUACCUGUUUGAGUGUCUACCUGUUUUCAAAGGUUAUUUUCUUGUCAUGUUCAGAACUCUGAAUUUUUUUAGCAUGAUUUUAUCUAAUUAACAACCGCUCAGUAACUGCAUCGGUACGUUACGUUGUAAUAAACCGUUCAAUCAG